UGCAAAUCGCCGGACACCAACCUGCAGGAGCAUCCUCCUCCUUCCUGAAUACGAUAUAGCGCGGACCCUUUCUGCUGGAUGGUAACCAGUGAAGAACAAGCUCUCCGACCCGUGUUGAUGCAUUGCUGCAUUUCGAGGACACCCAAACGCAAGACCCGUGCGCAUCCUCCCUUCCGUGCCCCGAACCCUCCCGCGCUCGCCUACGCAACUUGGUAGCUCUGAUUUAUCGCGGAGCUUCGCUGACUGGAAUGUACAUCGACACGCGACAUCUUUCAAGGUUGCAGUAUUGUCACUUCCUACCGGUCCUCGUUCGAUAUGGCGUAUGACAACCCCCAUGGCCUGAUUGCGGCCGCCGUCAUCGUGCAGGUACUGGUCCUGCUGAUGAUCGGUUCGCGGUUCAUGUCGCACAAGAUGAAGGGCCUCGAAUUCCACACCUCGGACUACCUCAUCAUCGUUGCGGGUAUUCUGUCCACGGCUCUGGCAAUAGAACAGAUUUAUUGCGCUGCCAAUGGGUUGUUCGCAGUGAGAGUCGCCCCUUUGCAGAAGGCAAAUCCUGCUGCCGCGGUUGAUUUUCUCUAUACACUACGUAUGCACAACUAUGCUUUUAUUGUCACAGGCAUUCUUGCCAUCGGGUUUAUCAAAACUUCUGUCUCGUUCUUCUACCUCCAGAUCUUUAGCGUUCCGAAGUAUCGCCCAUAUAUCAUCGCAUGGAUCGUCAUCAUGACUCUAUGGACAAUCAGCUUCUUCACUGCCUUCAUGGCCAUUUGCGGAGAUCACGGAAUCUUCUCUUCGCGAAGCCACAUGAACCCCGCGGUACAGAAGAGGGAGUGUGGAUCCACUCAAAUGUUAGACUUCGGUGUGCUGAUAUCUGGCACUGUGUCUGAUCUCAUUACCGUUCUCAUUCCUCUACCGAUGAUAUUCUCACUCCUUCAUCUUCCAAUGUCGGACAAGGUCUCCAUCGCAGCGAUAUUCCUCGUAGGAUUGCUGUCCGUCGGAGCUAGCGCUGCGAGAUCCUACAUCGGCAUCUACACCAAAUUCGCUCCAAAAGAUAAGAUCAUGGACCCUGGACUCGGGGUCACCGCGACGUGCGUGUGGACCCUCAUUGAGAUUCAAAUUGGUAUCCUUGCUGCCUGCGCCCCGACGAUCCGCCCUGUCCUACGCGAGUUGGUACACAACGGACUAUUCGGUGGCCUCGUGAGCGCCGCGAGCAGCAUUAUCAGCAGGAAGAGCUCGCGGUCACGCAUGCAGGGCUCAUCCAAUGGUUCUGAUCGUGGGCAUCCUCAAUACGAGGCACGUCUGAAGGGAGGGGCUGAUGAGGAGGAGAUAAUACAAUUGCAUGACAUGGCAGGUGCAAACUCGUCGAGAGCGGAGCAUAUGGAUGGCUCUGAGGCCCCCAAGCCUGGUGCGAUCCAUGUAUCGAAGGGGUACACAGUGGGUGCGGGGCAUGAAUGAGGAUGGUUUUUCGAUGUGGCUCGAGGUUGGGAUGUCACAUCGCAUAGAGUUCGCUCUUUGUACAUAGUAAACUAGGGCGGUAAUGUGAUCUUUCUUACGGCCUAUUUUAUCGCCCAAG